AUGGCGGUCCCGGCCACGGCACCCGGCAUAAGCCGGAAGGUCAAGAAGAUCCUGGACACCCGGACGGACACCCCCGACCUGCGCGCCUGCCUGGAGUCCCUGAGCGACCUGUACCCCGAGAACACCCCCGCAGCCCGGCGAGGACUGCGCUCCACCAUCGACAACUCCGGCCUGGAGGCUGCCACCGCCUUCCUCGCCGGCCUGGAGGGGGUGCUGGGCGCGCUGGACGCCGUGCACGCCGGCCUGGACGGCCUGGGGCUGGCCUGCCGCGCGGCGCAGGACACACUGGCCACCACGCGCGCCUCCAGCGCGGGCCUGCUGGCCGAGCACCGCGGCCUGCGGCACCAGCUGGAGGCUGCGCGGCAGCGCUCCGUCUCCCUGGCCCUCUUCCUGCAGGAGUACCAGCUGAGCCCCGCCGAGCAGGCCGUGCUCACCCAGGGUGAGGACGUAGGCCCCGACUUCUUCGGCGCCCUGCAGCACGUGCGGGCCAUCCACGACAACUGCCGCGCACUGAUGUGCGGCCAGCACCAGCGCGCGGGACUGGAGCUGAUGGAAAGCAUGGCGGGGCUGCAGGAGGUGGCCUACGAGCGGCUGUGCCGCUGGGUGCGGCGCCGCGCCGCCGGCCUGGCCGAGGCCGACGCGCUGGAGGUGGACCCGGGCCUGGCCCGCGCCGUGGCCGCGCUGCGCGACCGCCCCGUGCUCCUGGCCUACUGCAUGGACGAGGUGGCGCACGCGCGGCACGCCGGCCUCUUCCAGCGCUUCAUCAAGGCGCUGACCCAGGGGCCGCGGCCCAUCGAGAUGCAGGCCGGCGAUACGCGGCGGUACGUGGGGGACAUGCUGGCCUGGCUGCACGCGGCCCUCGAGCUGGAGGCGGAGUUCCUCGGCUCGCUCUUCGGCGACGGCGAGGCGGCGGCGGGGAAUGCGGCGGGCGCAGGGAACGACGCGGCGGCGGGCGCGGCUGGCCAGGCGAGCGGGGACAGGGAAGCGGCAGGCGGGGCACCUGAGGCGACAGGUGCUGCCGCUACGACCGAUGGCACGGUGCCCACACUCCGACGUGUUCUGGACAAGGUGUUUGAGAGCACCUGCCGCCCGCUCAAGGUCCGACUGGAGCAGUGCCUCCUGUCCGGCCCCGCCCCAGUGCUGUGCUUCUGGGUGGGCCAGGUCCUCACCUUCUACCUGGCCACGGUCUCCAAGCUCCUGGGGCCACAGAGCAGCCUGGCAGAAACGCUUUCUUCGGUGAGGGCCCUCGCCCUGCGUGCCUUCAGGGAGCAGCUGCGCCAGCGCAAGGACAAGUCCGCGCGGUACCCGCUGGUCCCGCCCAAGGACCUCCUGCCACCACAGCAGCUGGUGAAGGGUGCCGCCAUGCUGGCGGAGCUGGUGGCCUGCCACGACGCCGCCCUCGAUCCGGCCAGUGCCUCGGCCGGCGCCGACUUCGAGGCCCUGCUGGCCGCCGCGGCGGAGCCGCUGCUGGACAGCAUCGAGCGCAGCUCGGAGGCCCUGGACCCCAACGCCUCCUCCAGGCUGGACGAGGGUGCCCACCUGGACCCCUCUGACCGCGGCAUCUACCUCAUCAACUGCCUGGCCCUACUCCUGUCCCAGCUGGAAGGGGCGGCAUGUGCCGAGGGCCUGGCGGCCAGAAUCAGGCUGCAGCUGGCGGACCACCUGUCGGAGCUGGUGGAGGCUGAGUCAGCGCGCGUGCUGGCGCGGUGCGGGCUGGCAGAGGUGGCCGCGCGCAUCAAACUGCACCAGACCGGGGCCGGUGGGGAUGGCACCGACGCGACGCCCCUGUCCCAGGCGACGGGCCUGUCGCUGCCGGCCGUGGCUGACGCGCUGCGGGUCUUCUUUGGCCGCCUGUCCGCGCCAGACGUGCUGCCAGAGUUCCUCAAGCUCCAGUUGCCGCGGGCGCGGGAAGAGCUGAUCCACCGCGUCAACGUGACGGUGGCCGAUGCCCAUGCCAGCGUGUAUGAGGCGUUGCACUCGCCUGCCAGCGGCUACGACCCGGCAGAGGUGGCCGCGGCGGUCAAGCACACGCCCGCCCACGUGCGCACGCUGCUGGGCAUCCACUGA